AUGGAAGAGAGGGAGAGGUGUAAGAUGGUAUGUGCUCAGCUGCUGGCUCUUCUGUUCAUAGUGAUAAAUAUCAAGUGCGUAAUCUCUGUUAGAAUACACACUUUUGGGAGCAGGUUAGGUAUACAACGCAAGAACAACGACUUCUUCCAUGGUGGUGAUCGUGACCGUGACCAAGGGAGACGACGGGAAGUCCCCACGUUUGUCAAUGUAACUUAUAAAAAUGGUUUGAAGCGCCCCAGUCGGUACAUCUUUGAUCGGUUGAGGCAUCCUUUGAAGUGCUUGUCACCCCUAGGGGGCAGUUUGCAAAGUGUGCAGGUGAGCACGAAAGAAAGGAAAGGAGACGCCCCCCGCUUAGAAGAUUUGAGCAUCACACACAGCAGUUCCGUAGCUGUGCUCCAGGAUGAAGCUAAAAAUGUAGUCAGAGAAAAGAGAGACAUUUUAGGCAACGGAUUUAAGGAGCGCACAGGGGAUCGUCCUAUGCUGGAUGCAGGAAGGGAUGCAGUUAGAGGUGACUCGAAGAAGGAUCAAAUUAAGCGUGAUGGAGGAAGAGAAAUUGGCCAAGGGAAGAGCCCCAAGAGGGAAGAGAGGGGGUCUAAGGGAGUGAGUCAGACACACAAAAGGGUAGGAAGUCUGGUCCGUAGGAGCGGAGAUCCCUAUCGCAAGAAGGGAACCCCGCAGGGUGUCGUGGACAUACAGAACACGAAUGUGCGGAGCUUUCUGCAGGGCGAUGAGGAGAAGCGAUCACUGCACCUGCUGAACUACAUCUACAAGUCGUGGAAGGAGAAGAACUUUGCCAACUUCGUCACUGCCAUAAAGGACGAAGGAUUCGAUCACACAUGUGUAGAAAAAUGGCUACAUAAAAUGUCCAUGAGCCUAAAUAAAAAAUACAUACAAAUACACCUGAGGAAGGACUACGUGUUGAUUAAAAAUAAGUAUUUCGAUCCACGUCAAACGAGGGUGAAAGAAUUUCACCUAACUUAUGGUGACAUUAACAGGUGCCUUGAAAUUUUAAUAAAAGACAUGAGUAAAUUUUGUUCAUAUGAAAUGUCUUCCAUCCUUUGGGCCAUCACAAUUAUCCUGAUAAAGCUAUUCAAGAGCUCCAACAGCGUGGACACCAGUGCCUUCGCGGCUAACUCCGAAAUUCACACCGUUAUAACUACGCUUUUGCAGAACUUUAUGAAAUUUUUUUCGCUCAUUGUUUUGCACUUGAAUAGGGUGAAGGGGUACUUGUCCAUCGACGAGUCUCUGUGGGUGAUCUGGAGUUUGUGCAAGCUGUUGCACUUUAAUGUGUUGUGUGCGGGGGGCUCCUCCCCUGCACUUGUCACCUGGGAAGCUGAUACCCCUACGGCUGAUACCCCUACGGCUGCCACCCCUACGGCUGCCACCCCUACGGCUAAUAGUACGGGAAUUGGCAGCGGUGCGAAUGACUUCCCUGCGGGUGACUUCCCCUCGGGUGACUUCUCAUUGGGUGAUUUGUCCCCAGCUGGAUCUGCUCCGGGAGACCGCGCGCGCGAAGAAGGCCAGUACAGCGCGCACCAAAUAGCCUACCUCAAAAACAAGUUCCACCUGACCGAAGAAAGCGUCAUACACAUAUUCGACAUAUUCAACCACAUAUACAAGCACCUCCACGGAAACCUACAAUUCCUGCAGGAAAAAUAUUACAUCUACAUCCCCUUUAUCAUCUUUGAAUCUCAAACAUUGCUGUUAACAAGUAGCGUCCUGUUACUAAACAAAAUCAUGACCAUCAUUUUGAAGAGAAACGUUUUGCUUUCCCUUUUCAAUUUCGACACCCUGAAAAAGCAGCAUAGAAAAAGGCUUCUUCAAAGGCAGCAUCAAAAUAAGACUCUUAUCGCCCCCAUCCAUGAGAGCAAAAAUAGCUACUCACAAAAUGUGGACAUUUUUAAAAUUAAAACUUUGAGCAAAGUGUAUAAACUGAUUAAGUGUAUUUCGAAAAUAUUUUAUCCUUUGAAGAAUUUUAAUAUUCGUAAUUUAAAUUUGCACAAUAAUUAUGGCAACUUGAAUGUGGCCGUUUUGGGAGACUUCGUGCGUGCAUGUAAUGAUGUCCUCGUGAAGUAUGUCGAUUACCUCGUGUUCGUCAUUGGUCAUGAGAGGGGAGAAGGGUCUGUGCAGGAGGGCAGGUCGAGUAGUUUGGAUGAAGCUGUGGAGGGGGAGGACCAACUUUCACCCGUGGAACGCCUCCGUAUGGAACAUAGGAAUGAGCUGAUUUUCAUUUAUAAUUGCUUGAAGAGCUCGCUUGUGUCGCUGAUAAAGUUGGACCUGAAGGACAAGUACUUGUACGAGUGGCUCAACGGGAAUAUGCAGCUCUUUCAGUUUGGGCGGCCUCCUGAGCGGGGCCACAAAAGUGGUGGCGCGGCUGUCGUCAACACCCCACUCGGCAAUACCUUAACGGAUGAUACCCCAAUGGGUGGCGUCCAAAGUGAUAACAGUGUGGACCGCUUCCAAAGCGAGGACCUCCAUGGAGAGGCACCCAGCGAGGAGCUCCUGGGAGAGGAAGCAUCACUUGUAGACAGCUCCAUUUUAGGAGAGAUCAACUCCCAUCACCCUUCAUAUGGCGAAACCCAAAUGGGAUAUAGUAACGCCCACUUUACGAAAGGAGAAAAGGACAAAAUAAACCCAUUGGUCGUAAGUGAACUUGUGGAUGUUAAUAUGAAUGAUGAGCACACGAUGGAAGAACCCGCUCCAAGUGGAAGCGGCCCGUCAGAUGCGAAAGUGAACUCCAAUGAUGUAUGUCUAGAUGUGUUGGCGCUAAGCAAAUUCACAAAAUUGUAUAGCACUGAAAUGAAGAGGAAACUGAUAGAAAAUGUGAAGCGCAGUAUUGCGGACUCGCUGAAGCAAUUUGAGGACCUCUACCGGAGUAGCGACACCGACCAGGUGCACUACCCGACAUACGUGUCCAUUAACGAUAUAUACAUCAUACAGGAAAAGCGAAUAGAAGAACUAUAUGAUGAGGAGACAAAGACUUUUUACAAAAAAAACAAAAGUGUAAACUUUAGGAAUAUCAUAAUGCCAAAACAGCUAGCUAUUUAUGUUAAUUAUAUAGGAAGAAAUAUGAACUUGGUUGAAACGAAAAAACAGCUAGAUGAAAUUUUCUUCCUCUCUGUAAUGUAUAUCAAUACUACUAGGUUUAACUACUGUACCUCCAAUGAUAUAAUUCACUUCCUGCAAGGGCUAUUAAAUUAUUACGAGUUGGAGAGGAAAGGCAUGAAUGCUUUAUCUGAACAAGUGAACAGAAUGUUAAUACUGCUGUGUACCAUUGUGGAAAACUCAUUUUUGAAAUGGAAGUCCUCAAAUAUAUGCCAGCUCAUUUAUUUGCUAACAAAAUACAAGCAUAUACACAGGAACAUUUUUAAUAAGUUCGACUGGCUGCUGAACACCAUUGAGUUCCCUCGCUACGUGUAUCAGAAGGCUCAGAUAGACGUUCCUGCCGGGGGGUGCGACGCGGGUGCUGAUGACCAUCUUGGGGCGGGCAACGUUGCUGAGAUCGUUACUUCUAACAGUAACGCUGCCGAUUUCGUUGCUUCUAACAGUAACGCGGCUCCAUUGGACACUUCUAACAGUAACGAUGUGCAGUUGGCUACUUGUAACAUUAACGCGGCUCAGUUGGACACUUCUAACAGUAACGCGGCUCAGUUGGACACUUCUAACAGUAACGAUAUGGUGUCCACGCCCCGCGCGCGCCGCACCGAGCGAACGAGCAAGCCGACGCGCAUUAGCAUAAACGAGAUCAAGUACGACAACCUGGGCUCGGCGUUGUGGGCCAUGACUUCCCUCAGCAAACACGUAAUUAAAAAGAAAUUUUUCCUAAAAUUUUGCUACCUCUUUUCAGUGUACAUUUCUCUUCACAUGAAAUUAUACUUAAAUCACAACCAGCCACAUGGAUACGGCACAAAUCCUUUUGUUACAUCCACUGAGCAAAAAGGGAAAGGAAAAGAGAUACUUCAAAAUGAUGAUCAGUUCUUACGACACAAUGCGAGUUAUUUUAAGUUGCCCUUGGAUACAAUGACUAUUAGUAUUUACGUGAACACCUUUGCAAGGAAAAUAAAAAUUGGGUUCAAACAUUUGUUCGAUGUUAUUCAGAAUGAUGUGCGCGUUGUCUCCAAUUUUUCUCUCAAGGAACUUUCAUACAUCAUGUACUCGCUGGCUAAUGUGGAUAGCAAUGCCUUGGGGGACAGCGUCUUCCAUGCUGAACCCGGUUGUCACGACGGGGGUGAUGCCAAGGAGGAGAAUAAACGCCGCUUUGAGCAAUUCUUGCACGGGUGCAGCGCCCUGUGGGUGGACGAGCUGGACGGCAUGUUUGACACGGAGCAGGAGUUACCCCCCAAGGAGGUAAGCAGCCAAGAGGGGCAGCCAACCUCUAACGAGGCACACCACGUGCAGGACGAAGCGGCAGCGAACCAGACGCCCCGUGUUGAAGACAACGGUAGUGACAGCGGCAAUGGCAACCACCCUGAGAAGGGGAGAAGCAAAACGAUUGUGCUGAAGAAAAACUUCUUAAACUUUAAAAGAGAAAGAAUAGAAAUUUCGAGCGAGUUUUUAAACAGCCUGAUGGAGAAAGUAUACAACUGCGCAUCAGCCAUUUUGCAAAAAAAAAAAAAGUACCUACAAGAAGCGAUCUCUGAUGACACACUCUACAUGAGUAAUGCGAAUAAAAAAAAAAAAAUUGAAAUAAUUGACCUGAUGAAAUUAGUGUAUAGCAUUUUUGUCUUCCUAAAUCAAAGGAUACAAGUUGGUCGAGUCGAUGAUAUUAAGUUUGGCCUGGGUGAAGAACUUAUUCGCCUGUACAGCCUCAUCGUUAAGAGAUUCCCCAGCACGCUCAAUUAUAUUUACGUCAUCAUUGACACCUACGCCCUUAUAAGCAAUAUAUACACCCUGGACGCCUUCACGAGGGGUAUUAUAAAGGAAUUCGUUCAAAUUUGCGUAAAAAAAGUUGAAGAAGAGAAGAUGUUGGAUCUGGAGAAGAAAAAAAUUAUGUUGAGUGUUCAAAAUUUGAAGGCGACAAAUUGA